GUCUCUUUUUAUAUAUUUUAUGAUAUAUGAUUUACUAAACCUAUUCUUCUGCUCGCUGUGGAAUUGGGCUAUCAGCUGCAGCCUACGAUUAAACCGCUGCUAUCAAUGGCUAAACCGAAUGGGUGCUUAAAUUAAGAGGUGUAGAAGGCGAGAUGUAGUUGUUGGAAAUGAUCCAUAGUGCACUUCUAAAUGGUAUCUGGUGAGGAAGUGGUAAUCUUUACGGACACAAACAUUGGCACUCACAUUGCCAUGGCCGUCUCUCCAGAUAUCACUGCUGCUGAUUUCAAGAGAGAGGUUGAGAGAAAGCACUUGAGUAUUUUCCCACAACUAGGAGAAAUUGAAGCACAUGGGUUAAUGGUGAAGCGAAAAAGUUGCUUCUACCACCUCACAGGGUCUCUGCCUGUAAAGUAUGCUUUUCAGGGUCUCAAAGGAACAUGGCUUCUUCAUGUGGAAGUACAACGUUCAAAUGAUAUGGAUAAGCCUGGCCUAUCCCACUGUCUAGCUGCAAAAAAUGACAAUCAUGAUUCUGAUGGUAGCAACAUCAAUGAUUAUUUUGUUACUAACACUGACAAGAACAAUAUAAACAACGGUAGUAAAAAGAGGAUCAAAGGACUCCUCAGCAUUAAACCUCUUGCAGAAGAACUUUGGAAAACUGCCCCCCAUUUCAAUAAAAAGGGGAAGAAAAAGAAAAGCAUGAUUCACCUAGAUCACAGACUGGAUGACAUUGAGAAGGAAUGCCCUAUUAUAAUUAAAGAAACCCCAGAUUCUACUGAUAAUGAAAAUGUUCAAAUGUCAAGAAAUAAGGUUAAGCCUGUCAUUCGUUCUUCCAGCCCUCUGGUCCACACCCCCAUAGAAAGGUCACCAGAAGUACUAUCUGAAAGAGAUAUCCUUGACAUCCAAGGAAACUCUUCAGGGUUGAAUUUUGCGAGUAGAUGUUAUGAUCCUCAAAACUGUGAAGUUGCUUCCUUUGCCACUGAGAGUGGACUAGAGAAACAGCUGAAGGGCAGAAGGAAUGAUAACUCAAAUAUUCAAGCUUAUUCUGCUCCACAGUUUGCCACUAAAACACCUCCAAGGACGCCGCCUUCUCUAUUGCCCACUGAUCCUGGCCCUGGAAGCUCAAGGAAUAAGCUUGAAAUAACUGCUGCCGUUGGGAGACGUAUUCUGAUUGCUGCAAAAAAGCUGAGAGUCUCUGGGAACAAGCAAAGACCAGUUAUUUAUUUCCAUAGAUUCAGAGGUGCUUCCAGUGUGCCAUUUGUUUCUAGAAUUUCAGUGUUUGAGAUCAGUGACAGUGAUGACUAACAAAUUCAGGAUACAACCUGGUAGGUAAUUAGUUGGUUCAUGCUUCAAAAUGCUAUUCUUGUGCAUAUGCGAUAUGACUUCCAGUGGUUCAUGCUUAGAAAUUACUGGAUAUGUGGAAGAAAUAGAGCAAUGACUGAUGCAUCACUCAAGCUUGAUAAUGCAAUGAAUUACUCUGUUCAAAUUCUCUCUCGUAUUUCUUCGUUAUUCAAGCUCUCUUAAUUGUCUUUUCUGUCACUUUCUCAAGAAAGAUCGUGCAAUACAACUUUGGUUGUAUCAUUUGGCAUCAGAGCUGUUACACAUCCUAGGGAUUUUAAGUUCUCUCCCUUUCCUCUCUCGAUCCUCUCUAAUUCUAUCUUCUUCUCUCUAUCUUCCCUUUCCUUCUUGAUCUUCAUCUUCUGCCUUAUCUUCUGUUUCUCUGUCUCUGUUCUGUUGGUCUUUCCUUCACUUUCCCAUCACCAAACUUCUGCCAUUUCAACCAAAAAUUUCCUCAAAUCCUGUUAUGAAUACAGCUCCAAGUAUGGACCAGCCGAAGACUCGGAAAGGUCCAGGGGUGCUAAGGGUCAACACAAACAGCAGGUUCAGGGGAAAAAGGGAACCAGUGGAGUGUGAAAUUCGAGAACCUCCUAAAAGAGAACCUGAGCUGGAAGAGGCACAUGAUCAGGCCAGGGAAGGAAUGCAUAGGUUGUAGAGCAGGCAUCAGCUGAAAAAUGGAAAGGGAAUUCUAUAAAAGGGUAAUUGGGAUUGUAUAAUGGCAUUCAUAAAUUAAUCUAGCAAUCUUGCUUGGGCCAAUGGACAUAUUCCCUGGUUAUUUUUUGUUUUUACUUCUGUUUAUUUGUAAUAUUACCGAUAGAGAGAGCAGAGCGAGUCAGAAGUGCCUGUCAUUACUGUAUACAAAUCUUCCAUUAUAUUUUGAAUACAAAAUUAGUCAAUUUCAUAGCCGUUACAAUUUUUUA